GGUUGAUAGUGGUCUAGAAAUUCAGACGUUUUGCACAAAGUUGUGCAAGCGUUUGAGAUUGCGUUGCGAUUGUCGUGAAUAAAGUUAUGUAAGCAGCCCAUUGGUUCUCGAAGCGAUUUCUUGCGAGCUCGAGCUCUGCCACGUGCAUCCACAAAGCCUUCGAUGCGAAGCUCGGAAGGAAUACAGGCAGUCUCAUAACAGAGGAUCCGGGGUGGCCAGGCUCCGCACUGGAGAGUGUUGUAAGAUCUUACUGCUCCUCAUAAGAUUAUCUUUUUUCAAUAAGCAAAAACAAGUACAUGUCCAACUAUUAGAAUGGGCACCAGUCAAUGAAGUUAUUUCGACAUGGGCAAUAGAUCCUCAACGCUUGUGGCAACAACCACCGUUACGUCUAUUAGGACCGCCACUCCAGCAGUUGUGACUUCUACACUAUCUCUGAUCUCAUCUGUGUCCGUCAUACCUGCAGCAACUUCAUCGAUACCAACCGUCACUACAUCAGUUACUUCUUUACUUUCGACACAGAUACCACCUGCACCAGCUGUACAGACAGUUCUCGUCACGCUCACUCCAUCAGCCACCACUGUCACAAAAGUUUCAACGGAAGCACCAACAACAACUAUUGUAGUUCAGCAAGAAGCACCAGCAACUCUUGUGGGUCUAGCAGCUGGGAGACUGGAGAAUGGGUUAUCGGGAACCUCUUCAUCACUCUUAACAAUGGCUUCAGCGAGCUCUUCACCAACACCUACGGGUCUAGCGACAGCAGGAAUUGUGAUAUCUGGCAAGAAGGCAGUGGGUCCAUUUGCCCCUCAAGAAGCAAUUCUGGGCGGUAUUCCAACGACAUCGCUUGACUUACCUCUCAGUGCAGUUUUUCUGGUUCUCUUCUUGAUUGGAGCAGCAACCCAUUUCUCGAUUCACGAAUACAACGGCAAACGAAGUCAUAAAUUCCACCUUUCUGAUGCGGUAUUCGAUUUUUGUAUGGUCAGGACGGUCACUAUGACGAUGCGAAUAGUAUGGGCUUUUCGACCCAGCAAUAAUAGUGUCGUACUGGCGGCUUUGAUUUUUGAGAACGCUGGUGUCGUGGUGCUUUUCGCGGUCAAUGUAAUCUUCACUCAGCGAAUAAUCAGGGCUCUCAACCCCAAUCUCGGCUGGCAUCCAAUAUUUAGUGGUUUCAUUACUGCGAUCAUUAUAUCAGUCCCCAUGAUCAUUGUCUGGAAUAUCGUCAACCUCACGGUCGAGUUCUUCACUUUGAACGCCCACUCAAUCAAAGUCGUCAAAGAUCUCCUUCUCUUUGGGUCCUGCUGGACGCUCUUCCUCUCUCUCUUCCCCAUCCUUUUCGUCGGAUUCCUGGCGCCAUCUAAUCCACUAGGCAACAAAAUCGAGAACUUUGGCCUCGGUUCUUUCAUGUCCAAAGUUGUAAUCCUAAUUUCCGCCUCUGCUCUCCUCUUCGUCGGAGCCGUCGUCCGCCUCGUAGCAGCCGUCCAGGUCCAUCCCAAGGAUGCACCCGGACCAAUCGACAGCAAACUCGUCUUCUACCUGACUGGCUUCACUCUCGAAAUCAUCGUCAUCUACAUGUACGCCAUCUCCCGCAUCGAUCUCCGAUUCUGGGUCCCCAACGGCUCUUCACAGCCAGGAGAUUACUUGAAGGCCAAGUCGGGCUUCAGACUCUCGUCCGAAGACGAAGAAGCCCUGUUCCAAGAAGUGGAUUUCAAGAUGCGGUUUUCAUCCGGUACGGAUCUUCCGCGAGACACCAAACCGCAAGGGAUGUGGGAUAGCGAUGAUACCAGUGCGAGAUGGCGACCAGUUUCCGGUCCGAGGUGGCAGGACAUGGCGGUCGAUAGGUCGAAUGCGACGAGAGAGCAGGUCCGACAAGCAAUUUACGAUUUGAAGCUCAACAGCGAGCUUGUUGGAGAGCCAGUGAAUGUGGGAGAUAAAGAGGAAUUGUUGGUCUAUGCUUUCAGGUGCCGGAAGGGCAGUUUUAGUGACAAUGGGGAGAGAAGAGGUAGCGGUGGAAGUGCGACUUUGAGGGGGAGUGGGAUCAGGGUGCCUAAGAAGAUUCUUCCUCCCAGGAGUGAGAGCUGGGCAGCGAAGGAUCGAGCAACACCGGAGAGGAUGAGGGAGAUGAUCUGACAAGAGUGAAAUGGGGGCCUUGAAGGCAAGAUGUAUAAUGUCUACAUGAUUUGAAAGUUGGGUUCGGCUGGACCGGCUAUAGCAUGGAGUUUUUGGAAGUCUAAACUAAGGUUUAUCGACUGCAGAGUCUGAUGAUUUCUUGUAUAAAUAUUUUAGACAUUUCUUUUGUUUUCACGAAUUCACGAGAGUCAACAAGUAUUAUUAGC